AUGUCGACGACACCACCUCUUGGAGUAGCCUGUCCAACAGCGGAUGCCUUUCCCUGUAAUGCGGGAAGCCUGGAAAUCAUCUCCUUUGCAUUGGUUGCUGGAGUUGCUGGACUGUUCAUGUCUUUCUUUCUCACAAAAAAGUUGGACCGAAUGCCCCGUGGCAGCGACCUCAUGAAUUCCAUCUCGGACAAGAUCAAAAGCGGCGCUCGAUCUUUCUUGGUGACCGAGUACAGCUAUUUGAUUCGAUUCGUUGUGGUCACCGCCAUUGCCCUCUUUUGCUUGUAUUUCUUUGACCCCGUCUCAACGGAAAAGUUGGACGGCAUGCGGUAUUCCUUGUGUUUCAUCGUCGGUGCCUUUCUUUCCGCGUCGGCGGGUUGGAACGGCAUGGUCGUGGCCACCGAUGCCAACGUCAAGACCACCCAGGCGGCGGACAAGGGAGGACUCAACGCGGCCCUUCAAGUGGCCUUUACGGGUGGGGCUGUCAUGGGAUUCAUGGUGGUCAGUUUUGGUUUGCUGGGAGUCUCACUCAUGUAUUACGUGGUGGGAUUGGGAUACGAAUCCGCAUCGGAAUCGGAUAUUUUGACCUAUUCGGCGAAUGCCCUUGCCGCCUUUGGAUUUGGAGCCUCCUCCAUUGCUCUCUUUGCUCGUGUGGCGGGAGGCAUUUAUACCAAGGCUGCCGAUGUUGGUGCGGACUUGGUCGGAAAGGUUGAAAUGGACAUUCCCGAAGACGAUCCACGCAAUCCUGCAGUCAUUGCCGACAAUGUUGGUGACAACGUUGGUGAUGUUGCUGGUAUGGGUGCUGAUCUCUUUGAAUCCUUUGUAGGAUCCAUCAUUGCCACCUUGGUCCUGGCCGAAGACGAUGUGGUGGGCAUCAUGCUUCCCUUUUGGAUUGCUGCCUCUGGUAUCAUUGCCAGUGCGGUUGGAUACUUUUUUGUGGGAAUCAAAAACCCCAACGCCAGUCAAAAGGACCUCCUCAUGGCUCUUCACAAGGGAACCAUCAUUGCCAGUAUCUUGGUAGUCAUCUUUGCGGCCAUUAUUGUCACCAUCUUGUUCAAGGGACGCGAGGCUGUUGGAUGGAGCAUCUUUGGAUGCAUCGUUCUGGGUUUGGUGGCGGGUGUCUUGAUUGGACAAGCCACGGAAUACUUUACCAGUUACGCCCAUUGGCCCGUCCGAUCCAUUGCGGAUGCCGGAGAAACCGGACCCGCCACGGUGGUCAUUCAAGGAUUGGGAAUCGGUAUGAUUUCCACCGUCAUUCCCGUCAUCAUUUUGGCCGUCACCAUUUUGCUGUGCGAUUACCUUGCCGGACUUUACGGAAUUGCCAUGAGUUCGGUCGGUAUGCUCAGCACUCUCGGAAUCACCUUGGCCACGGAUUGUUAUGGUCCCAUUGCCGACAAUGCCGGUGGUAUUGCCGAAAUGGCCGACAUGGACGACCAUGUUCGUGAAACCACGGAUGCCUUGGAUGCUUUGGGAAAUACUACGGCUGCCACUGGUAAGGGAUUUGCCAUUGGAUCUGCCGUAUUGACCUCCCUCAGUUUGUUGGCAGCCUUCAAGAGCAAGGCUGGCAUUGAUGUGGUGGACAUUUCCGAACCAAUUGUCUUGGUCGGUGCCUUGAUCGGAGGUAUGCUCCCAUUCCUAUUUGCUGCCUUGACCAUGUUGUCCGUUCAAAAGGCUGCUGGUGCCAUCAUUGUCGAGGUGCGCAGACAGUUUGCCGAGAUUCCUGGACUUCGUGAGGGUACCGCCGAAGCGGAUUCUGAUCGUUGCGUUGCCAUCUCCACAAAGAGCAGUUGCCAAGAAAUGAUCCUUCCAGGAUUGUAUGCCAUCUUGACUCCCCUCUUUAUUGGAUUCACCAUUGGCGCCAAGGCUUUGACUGGAUUGCUGGCCGGUGCCAUCAUCAGCGGCAUGAUGCUCGCCAUCAAAAUGGCCAACGCUGGAGGUGCAUGGGACAAUGCCAAAAAGUACAUUGAAAUCGAAGGCGCCAAGGGCGGAAAAGGAACCGAGGUCCACAAGGCGUGCGUGGUGGGAGAUACCGUCGGAGAUCCCUUCAAGGAUACCAGUGGUCCAUCGCUCAAUAUCUUGAUCAAGUUGAUGAGCAUCAUUGCCUUGACGAUUGCACCCUCCAUUGCCAAUGAAGAAGAUUGGGCCAACUGGUACUGGGGAAUGAUACCGCUCGUCAUUAUGAUUGUGGGAACCCAUAUUGUGUACCGCAUGUUCUGGAGAGGUCCCAUUACCUCCGACCCAGUGGCACCUCCAGAUGCCAGCAAUCUAUCGUCGGUGGUUUAG